CAGAGUUGGAGUUCUCUUAUCAGUAUCAGUGCAUGUCAGUGGUGCGUCAGCUAUCAAUAUCAAAUUAUUGGUUACCACUAACUUGUUUAGAAAAUAUUGUAGAAUUCUUGUUGUUUUUGUGUGUGAUAAAAAUAUAAAUUAACGGUUAGUAAGAAGAGCGAUGCCCGGGUGUAGUAUUAUUGGGUGUAGAACCAAACAAGUCAGUAAACCGGCAGGUGUAACAUUACAUCGUUUGCCUGUGAUUGAACCACGCAGAAGUAAAUGGUUGGAGACAAUUGGUGUGGAGAACAUAGACACUACAAAAAAACAUAUCUAUGUUUGUUCACUUCAUUUUGAAGCGUCAUGUUUUAACCGAACAAUGAAUAUAGUUAAACUACGAGAUGGAGCCCUACCGUCACAAGCUCUAUUGCCUCUGACUAGACUAAAAACGUCUGACAUAAUGUCCGAAAGAGACCAAAAUGCAGUUGCGAGUGCCUCGGUCUACGACAUACAGUUUGUAAAUAUGCCACAUAGUAACCCAGAGUAUAUGCCUCCAACCAGAUGUGUGGCUGAAAAUGAACCUAGAACAAUUACUGGAGUCAUCUCGAAGGAUGGUGUUGCAAAUAUAUCGGAUGACGCACUUCAUAUAAUUAAUAAAUUAAAGGCAAAAAUUCAGAAACAAGUAAAACACAUUAAAAGACUUAACGAAAAAAUAAGGCGACAGGGUAAAAAAAUCGCAAAUAUCACUAAUAUUAUGAAGGAAUUAAAACAAAGAAAUUCAAUAAAUAUGGAGACUGCGGAUUUGGUUGAAAGCUGUGUUCUCAAAAGGCAAAUCUCGAAAGAUAAAGGUCUUCCUUUAGAGGGACAAUAUUCUGAAGACAUCAGAAAAUCCGCUAUAACCUUAGGGUGAGAAAAAAAACAUAAUAUUGUACAUAUUAUAUAACAUUACGAAGUACAUAAAAUACGCCUAUGACAUCAUCGAACCUAAAUAAUUGGUAUGAACGGGUAAAUGCUGACCCUGGCUUUUGCUCUAAAGCAUUUCAGACAUUAAAAUCAUAUGUGGAGCAAACCAAUUAUCCUGUGGUAUGUGCAUUCUCGUUUGACGAGAUGGCGAUUAGAAAAUUUCUUUGUUGGGAUGUGCAAAAUGAAAUGUUUUGCGGGCGUGUUAAUUUUGGCGCCACUAUUGAUAGUGAGAGUCUCGAUGUCGCCAGUCAAUGUUUGAUGUUUUUGCUUAUCUGCAUCAACGAAAGACAGAAAUUACCCGUCGGAUAUUUUUUCAUAACUUUAAUGACGGGUGGACUAAAAGCAGCACUAUUGAAAAUUUGCAUAGAAAUGUGCAACGAAGUGGGUAUGAAAAUAAUAAGCGUUAUAUGUGACGGCCCUGUUGCAAAUUUCACAAUGUUUUCAUUACUGGGAUGUGUAGAAAUCAAAAUUUGACAUUGCAUUGCAGUUUACCUACAAUCAAUUCACAUUUUCAUUGACCCCUGCCAUGCCAUUAAAUUAUUUAGAAAUGCCUUAGGAGAGUUGAUGGUGUUUUAUGAUGUAAGUGGCAGAAAAAUCAGCUUCAGCUACUUAGCGCGCCUGCAAGAUCUUCAAGAAAAGAAAAGAUUGCACGUGGCUACUAAACUCACAAAAGCACGUAUACAUAACAUCACUCCCUUUAUUUCCGAAGGGGUAGGCAAGCAGAGGAGGUAAACAUUGCGGCACCUAAUGCCACUGUACAAUGUAGCACAAGCAAAUAUAAUGUUUGCAAAACAAAAAAAUAAAGUUCUUCUGGCCACUCAACUGCAGAGCAUUUCGGCCAUCGAUGCUUUAAAUUUUUAUGAAAACAAAUUAAAAAUUAAAAAAAUUAAAAGUGCAGAAGGAACCAUUACUUAUAUAAAAACGUCAUAUGACAUAUUUGACAUUCUGAAUAGUCAGUCAAUACGACCCACUGGAUGGAAGAAGGCCAUAUGCCGCGAAAAUAUUGGGCUAGUUGCAGUGUUUUUCGACAGUCCUAUAGAAAAUUUAAUAAAAAUUAAAGUUACCGACGGGACAACCAGUUAUAGAUUCGAAAAGAAAAACUGGAUUUCUUAGCCUUAUAGUCAACAUGAAGACCGCUAUUGCACUAUAUUGGCACUUAAUGAAAGACACGAAGAUCAUGAAAUAUAUUCCAUUAUAUAAAAUAAAUCAGGACCACAUAUUAUAAUUAUUUUUUUCGGCUGUCAGAGCACGUAGCGCGUUUAAUAACAACCGGGAUGCAGUACAGUUUAAAGCGGCCUUUAAACGAUUAUUAAUAAGAGCACAAAUAUUCGAAAUGGAGGAAUUGACAAUUGCAUCCCGCUAGAACAGGUUAAUUAACUUGUUCCAGCAAAAUUGAUUCAACAGAUGCUUUGAAUAAUUUGACCGUAAAACGUAAAUUAUUUGUUGUAUUAUAUUAUUAUGAGGCUGACGCAAUAUACAACCUUUUUGAUCAAUUCAUUGUCUGUUUAAUUAAUGAUCAAUUAAGAUACUCCGAAUACGUACCUAGUUACUUACCUAGCUGGAUUUGAGGCUAUAAAAUUGUCUUACUGCUCUAUGGAGUUCCAGAUGGAUAUUCAAUUACAUGUACGGCGCAAAAUAUUGUAUAUUAUAAAUAUUUAUUUCAUGAAUA